GUCAGUCAGUUUGUUGAUGGGCGCGUGAUCGGUAAAUCGAAGUAGCGGACCGUGAAGGUGCAGAGGAUAUUCCACAUAGCACACUGUUGUUGUUGUCGCUGGUCGUUGUUGUUGUUGCUGCUGCUGUGUUAUCGUGUAAAUUUGCGCAGUUCAGCUUGAAAAGAGAAAGAGAGAUAGAAGACCUGAAAAGAGAGCUCGCGCGCUAAAACAAAAACUAAACCGUUGUAUUUGUAACUCUCUCUGCCAGCAUCCCGCCAUUGUUGUUGUUGUUAAUGUUUGUUUCCUUUUCGCAUCGCGUGUAAUUAAAACAUUAGAAGUUACAACUAAUUUCAUUAAUCAACGGGCAAGGCGAGCUUAACGAGUGAAAACAGGCGAAAAUAGUUUGGCGGCAGCAAAACUCCCUGAAACGCUUAAAGACGGCGCCGACCACCACAAUGCCUUAUCAGCCAGCCAACAGCGGCGGGACGUCUGGCGGCAGCAAGGCGGCGGCCAAGAUGGCCCAGCUGAAGUUCUGGAACAAGCAGAACAGCAGCAAGCAGCAGCAACAGGACAAGGACAAGGACGCCGCCGAUGGGGGCAGCAACACCAGUGGCGGCGGCGGCACCGGCAGCAACAGCAACGGGGAUGCCAAAGGCGAGGCCAAGAGCGGCAAGCGCAACUGGCUGCACACGCCGGAGCAGCUCAUCAGCGGACACGCGGUCUAUCUAGUCAAGUUCUUUGGUAACCUGAGCGUGGACCAGCCCAAGGGCAUCGAGGUGGUCAAGGAGGCCAUUCGGAAGCUGCAGUUUGCCCAGCAGAUGAAGAAGGCGGAGACGGGCACCCAGGAGAAGUUCAAGAAGCUGGAGAUCACCAUUAGCAUCAAGGGCGUGGCCAUCCAGGAGCCGCGCACCCACAAGAUCCUGCACCAAUUUCCGCUCUACAACAUCUCGUACUGUGCGGACGAGAAGGGUGUGAAGAAGUUCUUCAGUUUUAUUGCCAAGUCGGUGAAGACGCGGGACGGCAGCGAUCCGGCGACAAAUGGCCAUGCGAACGGAAAUGGCGAUGGUAGUGCCAAGGCGGAGGAGACCCACGAGUGCUUUGUGUUCAUUUCCAAUAAGUUGGCCUCGGAUAUCACGCUCACCAUUGGUCAGGCCUUCGAUUUGGCCUACAGGAAGUACAUGGACAGCACUGAGAAGACGAAUCUGACCAAGGCGCAGCAGCAGAUCAAUCAUCUGCAGCAAACUGUAAACGUUUACAAGGAGCGACUGCGCGAAAUUUCCGCCAAAUUGCCAAAGGCUGAACUGGAUGCCCUGCUCUUCAAUCUGGGCAUCAAGGAUAUCCUGGAAGCGCCAGUCACAGAGCCACAGAAUGGAAUCGAGGUGGCCAGCGAAGCCCUGAGCAACGGCAAGCUGGAUGAUGACAAGCUGCUGAUUGACACCAAUUCCACCACGGCAUCGACCCACUCGGCGUCGCCCAGCUCGUUCUUGCCCAUUGUCCCGCCGCGGAACAAUCUGUCCAGCCAGAUUAGCAUCGGUGGCAAGAGCAACAGCCAGAAGAUGGACGAGCUGUUGCUGAACUCCGAUUCCGACAGCGACUUCGAUCCGCGGGCUGAUGAGAUUCAGGACAACGGCAGCAACGGUCGGAAUGCGAUCAGCAACGAUCUGUUUGGCUUUGAGCCGUCCAAGAGUUUCGGCCAGCAGCUGUUUGUUAACAACAACGAUCACAAGCUGCAGAAUAACAACAACACGAGCAACAGCAGCUUACUGAUCACAAGCAAUAAUAGUACUAUUAAUAGCAGUGGUUUCUCCAGCGAGCUGAACAUCACGCCGCCAUUGUUGGCGCCACCGCCAAAGAUUGCUGCUCCCAGGCGCCUAACCUCGGUAACAACGGGCAACGGCCUAAAUGGCAAUACGGAUCUGUUCGGUUCAGAUCCCUUUGAAAUGAACAAUGGACCGACCAUUUUCAAGCAAAAUCAGCUGAACCUUGACGACUUCUCGCUGGAGAGUUUGGAUCCCCUGCGCAAGUAGAGCGGUGCUACCAAGGCCAUUUUCACUUUUCAACUUGAUUUAAGCUUUGGGACAUCCCAGAAGUUUGCCUCAUCGUUUAUCCUUCUACGUUUCUCCGUUUCGCAUGCAUUCAAAUCCAAUUGCAAUUUGAUUUAUUUAAUGUGUAUUAUUGUUUAUAUAUUGUAUUGUAUUUAUUAUCAUUGAUUUUUUGUCGAUUUUAUAUUGCAUAUUAUGAUUUCUACUAUUAUUAUUAUAAUUAUAAAUACGAUUAUUAUCUGAGGUCGAGAUCAAAAGAACAACACAACAACAAUCAACCGCAAUGCACUUUGUUUAAACGUAUCAAUUUGUUGCUGUAGUUAAAUAGAUUAAUUGAUUGUCGAGUAAAGCGAAUGAAAAAAUGUUAACAAGUGAUAAAUGUGAAAAACUGCUAAACAAUGCUAACUGAAUGUGAGAAUUUUGUAUAAAAUAAUUAUAAAGACAUAACCGGAAGCAAAUUAAUCGAUUAUUGUAUAGAGCCGAAGUAUGAGGAGAAUCAAAGCAAAA